AUGUCAUCAACUCACCUCCCAGAAGCCCUCCCCAAAACCCACACCGUCAUAAAACAAGGCCCCAGCGGCAUCCUGUCGCUCCAAACCAGCUCCCUUCCCCUCCUCCUCUCCCCCGACCAACUCCUAAUAAAAACCCACUCCGUCGCCUUAAACCCCUGCGACUGGAAGAUGCCCUCUCGCUUCCCCUGCCCCGGAGCAACCAACGGCUCCGACUUCGCCGGGACCAUCCUCCAGAUCGGGAACGCAGUAACACGCACCGAUCUCUCCAUCGGCGAUCGGAUCUGCGGCGCGGUCCACGCUUCGAACCCGGCGUGUUUGCAGAGCGGCAGUUUUGCCGAGUAUCUGGUGACGUAUGCGGAUUUGGUGUUGAAAGUGCCCAAGGGCAUGAGGUGGGAGGAGGCGGCGAGUAUUGGGGGGUGUGUGCAUGGGAGUCUGGGGUUGGCGUUUUGGGAUAGUUUGAUGGUUCCUGGUCAUCCUGAUAAGCCGGCGGAGAAGGCGGUUGAGGUGCUGGUUUAUGGGGGGUCGACGGCGUGUGGGACGAUGGCGAUACAGUUGUUGAGAGCGUAAGUUGGACUUUGAUAUAUCACCUACUGUACUACAACUACCCAGUUUUCUAUGGAAAUGUUGAUUGACGCACCUAUGAAUCAAAAUACAGCGCAGGUCUAACCCCCAUAACAACCUGCACACCCAAACACUUCCCGCUCGUGAAAUCCUACGGAGCAGUCGCAGCAUUCGAUUACACCCAUCCCAGCUGCAGCGCCUCCACAAAAUCGCACACCAACAACCGACUAAAAUACGUCCUCGACACCAUCGCCUCAACCGCGACAUUAAAACUCUGUUACGAAGCCAUCGGACGUGUAGGAGGCUCAUACACCGCUCUCGAAGUCUUCAAUCCGAGCAUGGCUGCGAACAUAAGGAAGACGGUGAAGGCAGAGUGGGUGAUUGGGUUGAAGUUACCUGGCAAGGGGGUUGAGCUGCCGGCUGGGUAUGGGAGUGCGCCUGAUGAGGGGUGUAGGAGGUUUGGGAGGGAGUGGUUUCAGACGAUGCAGAGGCUUGUUGAUGCGGGGAGGGUGAGGGCGCAUCCUCCGAGGGUUAUGGAGGGGGGAAUUGAGAGGAUAUUGGAGGGGGUUGAGUUGAUGAGGCGGAAGGAAGUGUCGGGGGAGAAGUUGGUUUAUCAUAUUGAGAGGUAA